AUUUGCUUUCGCGUUUGUCCCGCUGCCGCCACCGUAUUCCCACACGCACGUGACAGUAUAUGCGAGUCUGGUAACGUUAGCCAAAAACUAGCUUAAUUUAUUUAGUUUUUCGGUGUUAGUGCUUUAAAUUCGUGUGGUCUCGUUGAUAAGUUUGGAAGCAUAGAGUUGGAUUCAUAUCGUCCUGCUGCAGGUAACCGAAGAUGACCACAGCAGCAAGGCCAACGUUUGAGCCCGCAAGAGGAGGACGGGGCAAAGGAGAGGGUGAUCUGAGUGCUUUGUCUAAACAGUACUCCAGCAGAGACCUGCCAGGACACACCAAGAUCAAAUACAGGCAGCCCACUCAGGAUGCUCCAGAAGAGGUGAGAGCUCGUGAUUUCAGACGUGAGCUGGAGGAGAGAGAGAGAGUUGCUGUUAAGAGCAGAGACAGAGGAGCAAGAGAGCACACAACUUCCUCGUCAUCUUCAUCCUCCUCCUCCAAGCGGCCACGUCUGGAUCAGAUUCCUGCUGCCAACCUGGAUGCGGAUGAUCCCCUCACUGAUGAUGAAGAUGACUCUGACUCCGGCUCUGACAGUGAUGAUGACACUGCCGCCCUCCUGGCUGAACUGGAGAAGAUCAAAAAGGAGCGAGCUGAGGAGCAAGAGAAGAAGGAAAGGGAACAGAAAGCAGAGGAGGAGAGGAUACGUAUGGAGAACAUUCUGAGCGGGAAUCCACUGCUCAAUCUGGCUGGCCAGCAGCAGCAGCAGCAACAGCAACAACAACAAAAAACACAGAGCCAGAAUGCAUUCAGUGUGAAGAGAAGGUGGGACGAUGAUGUCGUGUUUAAAAACUGCGCUAAAGGAGUGGAUGAAUCACGUAAAGAGAAACGCUUCAUUAAUGACACCCUGCGCUCUGAAUUCCAUAAGAAAUUCAUGGAGAAAUAUGUUAAAUAAUUGUCUUGUUAUAGAACUGUAUUUCAGCAGUUUGUUUAAAAUAUUUUUUUCGUUUUCGCAAAUAUCAUAUGUGCUCAUUUUGUCUUUUGAAUCUUUAUGUGCUGCCCUUCAGUAGUGGGUCUGUAAAAGAAGUGUACCAAUAAAAAUAAAAUAAAA